AAGACGUAGCUUUUGCGCAAUCGCUUCUUCCGGUGUCACUUGUGUCGCGACAAUAGAAGACGAAGAAGGUUCCUAAGUUAGACAGCUAUCAUGGAGGUGUUUGUUUGUAGUCCUGGUCGAUCCAAGUUUUCGAACUGUUUGUUUACAGAGGGUUCUGUUGUCAGGGAUCUUCUGCUGCGUUUCGUCCAACAAUCGGAGGCGUCGCCACAUGACCUGUACGUCAGCAAAGAUGGACGUCUGGCCAGCCUGGAUGAUCACCUGCAGGGCGGGGCUGUCUAUCACCUGCAGCCGCGCCUCCUCGGAGGGAAGGGAGGGUUCGGUUCCAUGCUGCGAGCUCUUGGCGCUCAGAUCGAGAAGACGACCAAUCGCGAAGCCUGCAGAGAUCUGAGCGGACGACGCCUGCGAGACGUCAACCAUGAGAAUGAGAUGGCUGAUUGGCUGAAGAAGCAGACGGAGCGCGAGGCGGAGAAGGAGCAGCGUCGUCUGGAGCGUCUGCAGAGGAAGCUGCUGGAACCCAAACAUCAGUUCAGCGACGCCUCCUACGAGCAGCAGUGUCACGACUUAUCCGAGCGACUCGAGGACUCGGUGCUCAAAGGUCUGCAGGCAGCGUCCAGCCCCGAGGUGAGCGCCCAACUGUCUCCAAAGAGAAAAGCCUCCAGUCAGAGUGAGCCGCCAAUCAAAAAGCAGAAGAAAAUGGGGGCGUGUUUUUGGAGUGGUUUUGAUGAGCUGAUGAGCUCGGAGGAGGAAGACGAUUCUCCAUCCACCUCUACCUGUGAAGCUGCCGCUACCAUGACAACACAGUGGGCGGAGCCAGGGCCGAGCUGCAGCUUGGUGGCCACGCCCCCUCAAGAAGCCGUCAAGGCGCAGAGGGCCAUGCCCCCUAAGGAGGAAGCCAGGGCGCACAAGGCCACACCCCCUAAAGAGGAAGCCAGGGCGCACAAGGCCACGCCCCCUAAAGAGGAGGCCAGGGCGCACAAGGCCACGCCCCCUAAAGAGGAAGCUAGGGCGCACGAGGCCACGCCCCCUAAAGAGGAGGCCAGGGCGCACAAGGCCACGCCCCCUAAAGAGGAAGCUAGGGCGCACGAGGCCAUGCCUCCUAACGAGGAAGCUGAGGCACAGAAGGCCACACCCCCUAUAGAGGAAGCUGAGGCGCAAAAGGCCACACCCCCUAUAGAGGAAGCUGAGGCGCAAAAGGCCACACCCCCUAUAGAGGAAGCUGAGGUGCAGAAGGCCACACCCCCUAUAGAGGAAGCUGAGGUGCAGAAGGCCACACCCCCUAUAGAGGAAGCUGAGAUGCAGAAGGCCACACCCCCUAUAGAGGAAGCUGAGGUGCAGAAGGCCACACUCCCUAAAGAGGAAGCUGAGAUGCAGAAGGCCACACCCCCUGUAGAGGAAGCUGAGAUGCAGAAGGCCACACCCCUUAAAGAGGAAGCCAAGGCGCAAAAGGCCACGCCCCCUAAAGAAGAAGCGGAGACGCAGAGGGUCACGCCCCCUCCAGUAGAAGCAGAGGCGCAGAAGGCGUUCUGCUGCUCACCUGAGCCACAGCCUGGGGAAGAUGCUGAUGGUGGCGCUGUGAGCGUCAGCGUGUCAUCAGCCACGUGUGUUCAACAGUUGGAACGUUUGGGUCUGGAGGUUCUCAAACAAGAACUGAUGCGUCGACGAGUGAAGUGCGGCGGGACGCUGAGCGAGCGUGCGGCUCGCCUCUUCGUCGUAAGAAAUCUGCAGGUGGACCAGAUCGACCCGACGCUGCUCGCCAAGCCUGCCAAGUCCAAGAGGAAAUGAAGACAGGUGGAACAGAAAAGGAAACCUUUUUAUUUUUUGUGUACCUUUUUACCUCACUUUUUUAGUUUGGAUAAAAAGCCGGAGACCAGGCCUCGACUUCGGCUCGUCCAGCUCCUUAAAACAUUGAACGUCCCCGACAUUCAUCGCCACCUCAGAUGUUGACGUCAUCUUUGUGGUGCUUCAACACUGCCAGUGAAACACAUCCACUCUUCAAUAAACUUGUAAACAAAG